GCAUUCUACAUUGCACCAAUCAACGACGGUCACUGGCAUCACUUAUGCCUGAGUAAGAAAUACCCGAAAGGCAGCCUCAACUUAUUCGUGGACAGUCUGAAAGGGUUUCCCGACAAUAAAGCAGCUAAUUUCGUAAGAUUGUUUGAAGGAAGGGAGCAGCUUAUUCUUGGGCAGAGGGCGUUGCCCAAUCAGCGUUUGAAUGGUUCAUUUCAAGGUUGGAUACCGGAGACUAAUCAUCCAAUUCUGUUUUAAAAAUAAAUAAUAUGUGGAGAUGUGUUAUGUUAUUGGAAUAAACUUGAUUUAUGGAUUGUUUGAAGACGGACGAACUGACUGACUGGUUGACUGACUAACUGACUGACUGACUGACUGACUAGUUGACUAACUGAUUGACUGACUGAUUGACUGACUAACUAACUAACUGACUAACUGAGAGACUGACUGACUGACUUACUGGUUGACUGACUGACUGACUGCCUGGUUGAAUAACUGACUGACUGACUUACUGUCUAAAAAUAAUCGAAUGAUUAAUGUAGUAAUUGGUGGGUUGGGUUGUUGGCUGAACAGUCGACCAACCGACGAACAGGCCGGGCCUACUACUUGACUGACUAAUGGAUUGAAAGACCUGACUAAAAAUAACAAAAAAAGAAAUGACUGUUUGAUUGAACACGAACCGCAGUAAAUGUAACAAAGAAGAAAAAGCUCAAAAGAAAAUAUAUUACACGUUGUUACAGUUGAAAAUAUCAUUUUUUCUUUAGGAAAAAUUUCGCAUUUUAACAUUUGGAGUCGUUGGAUAAAUAUUUCAAGGGAAUUUAUGUCAUACGCUCACAACUGCAGCAGUAGAAACUUUGGGGACCAAGUAGACUGGCGGUUACUAGGAUUACAGAGUGGUCUGCGUGGAGACGUACGAAUA